AUGACCAGUCCCAGUCAGGGUCGAUCGGCCGCACGCCUGAACCACGAUGGCCAGGCCACAUCAACAACGAAGAAAGAAACGCAAAUACCACCGACGCGUCUUGUGGGUCCACCUAUUUCUUCAUUCGAUACCAGAGUUGCGAUUUGGAUUCGGAAACGUCGAGAUCGUGGAAUGGCACAGAUCCGUAUCGGGUGUGGCUCGUUGACUCUUUGUGGCCUGCCACGAGCCAGGGGCGGUGAUAAGGGAGAAGGACUGUCUUUAACGUUGAUGCUUGGGUGGACGAAUGGCAACCAGUCGGCAGUGCAUCCAAUGGGACAUCGACAGCGUCCUGUCUUCGGUCCGACAAUUUGCAACGCGAUAAUCGGAGUGGCGUAUCCGAGCGCGAAGGAUCAGCAAGUGUUAGGAGCUGCGAUGCAGCAGUGGCAUCCGGACUUCGUGCCGUACUUAGACAAUCCAGUAGGGUCGACAUCAUUUUGCGUGAUCACGCCUGGUGAUUCGCCGCAAAUGACAGCCUCGUUCGAGACAGGUGAUCAUGCGACCAGCCAACUGAAUGGUUACACCAACCAGCUGUCCGAUGUCCUGCAUAGCGUCACUGACAAACGGAUUGCGGACGGCGAUAUCACUGGGAGGGCAAAGCAUAGCGUGUCAGCGUGUAAGGCAUAA